AGGAGUGAAGUGGGGGGGACGCGGCGGCGGCGGCGGCGCUCACAAUGAGUUUUCUUGGAGGCUUUUUUGGUCCCAUUUGUGAGAUCGAUGUUGUCCUUAAUGAUGGGGACACCAGGAAAAUGGCAGAAAUGAAAACUGAAGAUGGGAAAGUAGAAAAACACUAUCUUUUCUAUGAUGGAGAAUCUGUUUCAGGAAAGGUAAACCUAGCCUUUAAGCAACCUGGAAAGAGGCUAGAGCACCAAGGAAUUAGAAUUGAAUUUGUAGGUCAAAUUGAACUUUUCAAUGACAAGAGUAACACUCAUGAAUUUGUAAACCUAGUCAAAGAAUUGGCCUUACCUGGAGAACUGACUCAGAGCAGAAGUUACGACUUUGAAUUCAUGCAAGUUGAAAAACCAUAUGAAUCUUACAUUGGUGCCAAUGUCCGCUUGAGGUAUUUUCUUAAAGUGACAAUAGUAAGAAGACUGACAGACUUGGUAAAAGAGUAUGAUCUUAUUGUUCACCAGCUUGCUACCUAUCCUGAUGUUAACAACUCUAUUAAAAUGGAAGUGGGCAUUGAAGAUUGUCUACAUAUAGAAUUUGAAUAUAAUAAAUCAAAGUACCAUUUAAAGGAUGUGAUUGUUGGAAAAAUUUACUUCUUAUUAGUAAGAAUAAAAAUCCAACAUAUGGAGUUACAACUGAUCAAAAAAGAGAUCACAGGAAUUGGACCCAGUACUACGACAGAAACAGAAACAAUUGCCAAAUAUGAAAUAAUGGAUGGUGCACCAGUAAAAGGUGAAUCAAUUCCCAUAAGACUAUUUUUAGCAGGGUAUGACCCAACUCCAACAAUGAGAGAUGUGAACAAAAAAUUUUCAGUAAGGUACUUUUUGAAUCUAGUCCUUGUUGAUGAAGAAGACAGAAGGUACUUCAAGCAGCAGGAGAUCAUUUUAUGGAGAAAAGCACCUGAAAAACUGAGGAAACAGAGAAUAAACUUCCACCAGCGAUUUGAGUCUCCAGAAUCACAGGCAUCUGCUGAACAGCCUGAAAUGUGAACUACUGAAUAAGAGAAAAAAAAAAACAAAAAUCUCCCGUAACCGUUGAGAUUAAGUUCAGCAGAUUAAAGAUGGUUGCAGCACGUAGGGGAAAAAAGGCCAAAACUCCAUUUAUAAUAGUCUUCCUUUAUCUUACAGUGCUGCAUAUAUUUUAUGAUGUAACUAAAUAUUCUUCAUGUAUAUACAUUUAAAAAAGUGCUUUCUUUGAAACACUGGAACUUUCUUAAGCUGCUUUUUUUUUUUUUAAACUGCACUUUGAUUUGGUGAUAAGCACUCAGAUAUGCCUAAGCAUAAACAUUAAAGAUUUUCCUGUGAGUAGGCUGGUAUUUAUAAUUUUGCUUUCUUUCUGCAUAGUGUUGAUUAUUAAUCUUUUUUCUCCCUUUUCAUGCUAAUGAUUACUUCUUAUUCUCUACAUGCAAAUUAUUUUAUAUUCAAAUAAAAUUAGAAAACUU